AUGGCAGGGCCGUGGCUGGGGGUGGACUAUGACGUCGACUACUUGGCCAGCGCCUCGUGGUCGGCGGGGGACGUCGUUGAGGCCGAUGGCUUCGACUUCAACGGCGCGGUGCAGGGCAAGAUCAUCUCCGUGGUCAUUGGCUCCGAGCCACGACCGCGCGAGUACGAAGCGUCCUUGGCUGGUGUCCAGGACGACUUCUACUCCUGGUGGGCCUUCGAGUCGGGCGAGGCUGAAGACCCGGGUCUCUUCAAGAUGACCCUCCACAAGCGCGAGAAGGCGAAGGAGGUCGCUGGCCGGUACAUCACGGCAGUACCGCGCUGGCGCUUCCUUGGGUCUGGUGGCGUCCCAGACCUUGCACCCGCGGCCUGGCUGCGGCGAGGGCUCCAGAAGAUCGUCGAGGAGCGGAUCGCCACGGCGAUCGCGCGUGCGAAGGCGUCGGCAUCGCCACUGCCAGCCCGGAGAGCUGGAGACGGGGGCGAUGGUGCCUUCCGCCCGCAGCUGCUUCACGGGGACCGCCAGGAGGGCCAUGAGGUAGAGGAAGGACGAGGAGGAAAAGGCGUGGCUGACGAGCUUGAGGAGCUGAAGAGGGACCAGAUGGAGAACCGGGUGGGCAGGGACGGCGAGGCGGGCUCCUGGGCGAAGGACGACAUGCCGGCAGCGGCCAAGAGCUACUACAUCCGCGUGCUGCGUGUAGCGCACGCGUCCGGAGGACUACGGAGCCUCCGCGAGAUGGCCACUCUGUGCCACAUCUUGGACCACGUCGCCAAGAAGCGGUACAAGGCCGCAGCGGACGUCGCAGGCCAGAGGCUCAAUGCGGUCGAGACUGCGAUCGUGGACGGAAGCUGGGACCGCGCUCAGUUUCUCGAGCUUGUCGAGCAGGAGGACCCUCUCCUGGCGGAGCAAUCGGAGCGGCACAUGUCUUCCCAGGAGCUGGCCUUCAAGCAGCGGAACUACCAGGAGGAGCACUACAUUUACGAGGACGGCCAGGAGUCGGAGGACACCAAGGAGGAGUACCAGGAGAAGGACUACGUCUACGAGGAUGGCCAGGAGACGGAGGAGGUCAAGGAGGGCAAUCAGGAGAAGGACUACGUUCACGAGGACAGCUUGGAGGAGGAGGCAUUCAAGGAGAAGGAUUACUUUUACGGGGACUGCCAGACGAUGGAGGAUAUCGUGGACGAGAAGGACGAGGUCUACGAGUGCGACCACGCGGCGCGGAAACUGAAGGAUGGCGGCUUGGACGUCGACGCCGUGCCCUGCAUGGUCGAGCGGCGCUCUCGCGUCGAGGCCCUCCGGGCUGCCUUCUCCGCCCGCUUCCGGGACGCUUCGGAUUUGGCGAGCUGGCAGACAACGAUGCGCUCGUGCACUGCCUCCUGCACGGCCGUCGCGGACCUCGGGCUGAUCUUCCGGGCAGCGGCCGAGAGCUCCCCCUCGCGUAUCGCUGCGGUCGCAGCUUUGGUCCGUUCCGGCACCCGCGAUUUCGGCGUUGAGCCGGGUGCGCGAGGCCGCGGGCUCUUGCCUAUUUCGCCCGAGGCAGCCGAGGUAAGGUUCAGACGCCUUGCGGCGGAGAAGGGGCUGGAGGAGGCAACCGUCUUUGUGGACUGGGGCGUCGCGAUCGUGCUUGUCUUGAACUUCUUCAACUGUGCAGGGUGGUGCCGGAGGCCAGUGUGCACGCGCGCCGCGUCGGCGUUGAGUGCGGCUCAGGAGAAGACUCUAUCCCAUAUCGGUGAAGGCUUGGCUUAUGUACUGGAAGACAUGGCGAAGCCGUUAUCGAUGCACCAGGUUUCUGAGGAUUUGGUGUCGAGGAAGUCCGAUUACGGGGGCGACGCUGUUUCCAAGAGGAGGGACUUGGAAUGUGAUCUCGUCGUGCCUGUUUGGCCUGCUGCGGAGCAUGCCGGCGUACUCCCGAUCGAAAACUUCGUUUUCGGAGAGGUGCGGGAGGACUUUUUGGAUGUGAAGCGGUGCCUCCUCCCCGCUUCCGAGUGGCCCGAGACCGCCGCCAGGUCAAGGGUCCAUGCAUCUGACGAGGAGUGGUACCGCAUCGUGCAGGUCGGUCUGCAGCGCGGUAUCUUCGAGGCGGUCGCCGAGCAGGACAUACUUCGAGAUGCGCGCGGGGAGCUCGUGCUCAAUGGCGCCAUGGGUGUCGACAAGUGGAAGGUUGUCAAUGGGGUGCGGACCCGCUUCCUUCGGUUCAUCACCAUCCUCGACAUUUGGAUCGAUUCGGAAGAUAUGGAGAGCUGUUUCAACUUGUUCCGCAUGCCGCCGUGUUGGCUGGGCGUGUUCACCUUCGCCAAGCAAGUGCCCCGCAGCGUCGUGGGCGGCCCGGCCACUGAGUUCAUGUACGUGGGUGUACGUACCGUGCCUAUGGAUUGGAUUGGCGCUGUGGAUGUCAUGCAGCCCAUGGCGCGUGCGCUCGUUUUCAAGACGUGCGAAUUCGAUCCGGAGGCCGAGCUCCACAAGGAACGUGCCUUACCCCCUGGGCCAGAAUUUGCGGUGGUGUGCAUGGGCGGGGUUGACCACCUGCGGAAAGCGUCGGCGGUGCUUCGGCGCGCGGGGGGUCCCGGCGAGUCCGCUGGGCAUCAUCGUUUCGUCGAGGCGUGCGCGAACUUGAACCUCCCCCUCAAUGCUGGCAAGAGCGUUGUCGGGUCGGCGCACGGCGCGUUGCUCGGAGGCGAGGUCGACGGCAUUCGCGGUUGGCUGUCGCACUCGCGUGACAAGAGCGGCCUUUUGAUAGCAAAGGCGCUGGCACUGCUAGGCGUGCCAGUCUGGCACGGCGGGGCGCUGCAGCACUGGAUUGGUUGCUUUUGCUGCGGCGCCUCGUUCCGCAGGCCGCUCUUCGCCGUGUUGCAGGACGUGUUUUCCUUCGCUGCGGCCGUGGAGCAUGGGGCGAAAGCUCCCGAGGCGGCGCGCGCCGACGAGGUCCUAGCCGCCGCUAUCUUGGCGCCGCUCAUGUACACAAACCUGCGCGCUCCCAUCCGCGCCGCGAUCAGCUGCAGCGAUGCUUCUGAGGCCGGCGGCGGCGCUGCUGAGGCCACCACUUUCGUGCGCUCCCUCGGGCGCGACUUCGGGUGCGACGCCGAGGCGCUCGUGGCCAGGAGAGCGGAGGAGUCCGCAUGGGCGCGCGAGGACGCGGGCGAGGAGCGCUGCGUGAUGGGCUGCAGGUUGCGAGCCGUCGUGAGCAAGAGCACCCGGGGGGCGUUGGCUGCGCUGCGCUCUAUCGAAGCGCAGCUCCGCAAUGGCAGAGUCGGGUCUUUCAUGCAUCCGGUCGACAGCUUGGUCUGGCACCUCCCCCUCGUGCGGGCGCUCCUGAGCUUUCCGAGGGUCUACCUGGGCUCAGUGCGCGGCGACGCCUCCGUGGACCUCCGCAUCAUGCACUGUUCGCCGGAGCUGCACGCGAGCAUUCGGGCGCGCGGCUUCGACCCGCAGGUGGGCUGGCGCGAGCUGCUGGCAACGGCCGUCCGGGACGACCUUGCCAGAGCAGAGUCGGGUGCGAUCCCGGCGGCGCCCUCUCUGAGGGAGACCUGGGUGCGAUUUGCGCUCUCUUCGAGCACGGCCCGGCUGCGCCGCAUAUCUGGGCUGAGCGAUGCAGCUGCGGCCAUUUCAAAGCAGUUGGCCAGCAUUCAGCAGGGCGACGAGUUGGCGCACCUUCGGAGUUUACUGCGACAGGCCGACUACAAGGGCUCGGACGUGCGACUGGUGACGGGAGAGCUCGUAGAUGGCUGCCGGCAGGAGCUCCCGUAUCCCGCCAUUGCAUGGGAUUGGCGGACAGUGCAAGCUUACCCUUGGCAACAACAUCAUCACAUCAAUGUUCUUGAAGUCGUUGCAUACCUGACCUACUUACGACUUUUGUCUGAAUCGGCUUUGUUUCACGGCGUGCGGUACUUCCACAUAUUCGAUAGCAAAGUGGUAGCUUGCGUGGUUGCGAAAGGCAGGAGCAGCUCUCGGGUCCUCAACCGAGUGUGCAGGAGGCAGCUGGCUCUCACCCUAGCAACCGACACCUACGUGCUUACCCUCUGGACCAUCAGCCAAUGGAACUUCGCUGACGCAGCCAGCCGGCUGCAUCUGGACGCCGAGGCCGCGGAGUACAUCAACCACAUGUACCAAGAGGACGAGCCGCACGGCUAUGCCAUUACCUUCGUGUCGGCGCUGAAGCGGCUGUACCCGAAAUGCCGCAAACGCCUCGACAUUGCCUCCCUAUAUUGUAAAAGCUGGACCAGGACCGUGCACAGAAGGCGGGCCUUGCCGCUGCCUGCCAAUGUCGUCGUUGGAAUGGCAGGUUUGGCUUUCGCCUUCGGGGAGGACCGCGUCGGCAUAUCCUUCCUCAUCGGCUUUCUCGGCCUGUUGCGCACUGGCGAGCUGCUAAGCCUCACGGUGGGGCGGAUCAAGAUUGCCUCCCCUCAUGUGUGCGUUAUUGCACUUCCGGGGUCCAAGGGCUCGCACCAAAAAGGUUUCGACGAGUCCGCCCUUAUCCACGACCCCGUCGCGAUCGCCCUGUUGCGGAAGGUCGUCGAGCAGCUGCCGGCCGACGAGCGUCUCUUCCCGGGCUCGUUUCGCGACUUAGGCAAGGUGAUCCGUCAGUACGCAGUCGACUCCGUCGGUGCGACACCAUAUUGCCUCCGGCGCGGAGGCGCAGCGUGGCAUUUUUCCAAGUGUGCCUCCAUGGACGCCACGCAGGCUUUGGGGAGGUGGGAGCAAGCAUCCACGGCUAAGGGUUACGUCAACCAGGCAGUAUCCGACUUGCCGUCUCGCUGGACGCAGGGCUUCAGUCAGGGGGUCAGGAGUUGCGUGCUGCACACCAUUUGUACGGCGCCCGAGUGCGCUGUCUGGGCUGUGGGCAGAAGCCCUUGCUGCUCCCGCGGCGAGCUCUCGCCCCGCCUCAGCGGGCGGCCGUCUGGCGUCAACGACCUCAGGUCGACGCGUGCCGAGACGGUGGUGCCGCCGUCGCGGGCACCGCCCGAGGCCGGCGCCGCGGGGGCGGCGGGGGCCCCCGCGCAGGGCCCCGGCGCGGGGCCCUCGAAGCGGGCGAGGGCGCCGCCCCCGGCCUCGGAGGGCGCGGGCGCGCCCGCGCCGGCGCCGCCCGCGCCGCGGCGGCGGAAGGCGCCGCCGGACGCGAGCAGGACGGGCGAGCUGUGCCGAGAGGCGCUGCGCUGGCGCUCGACCACCGUGGGCGGCAGGAAAGUGGACGGCCGGCUCCACGAGGGAAACUUCAGGUGGUUCGUCGCUCAGUUGCUUGACAAGUCCGACCGCAUCCACAUCCACUGGGAGGUCGUGUGGCAGAGCGCAGGCAUCCAGGGCCUGCCCGAGGAGGAGCGCCGCUUCGCUGCGGCGGAGCUGGUGCGCACGCUGCACACGCUGACGGCCGUCAUCGGGCCAAACCGCACCGCGUGUGCUGCUGACGCUCUGGGGGACCUGAUCGUGCUUGGCCUGGCCCACGCGGCUGCGGUGGAAGUCUCGCUGCGGGGCUCCGUGAUUGCCGACCUAGACGCCCGGCCAGAGUCGCGCGAGCUGCUGAUCCGUCUGCUCAGCCGCUGCUUCCCGAGGCCGCAGGGCACCUGCCUGGGCGUGCGGUCUCCCAGCUGGGAUUGGCAGCAGUGGUGGUCCUUUGUCACGAGGGUGCUCGUCGGGCCCGCCGCGGCACGGCGUAGGCCCGCGCUCCUCGCCGCGGUGCUCCGCCUGCUGCGGGAGGAGGCCGGGGAGGCUGGCCUUGCCGACGGGGACGGCGCGGACCCCCUGCUGCAGCUGGAGAGGGCCGUGGAGACGGCGAGGGCGGACGCCCGCUUCUGCGGUCCCGGGCCGGCUGGCCCCGAGGUUCGGCCAGACCUGCCGGACGUGGCGCCGCCGCCCCCCGCGGAGCUGCCGGGUCGCGGCACGCUGCCGGGCGCACGCGGGCAGCCGCAGAGCUCGCUCCACCCAGCGCUGCCUCCGAGAGAGACCUGGGACGCGCGGCGCCCGUCGGCAUGGGCCGGGGUGCCGUCCGUGGUGGAUGUGGACAGCCCCUCUCCGCUGCUGCUGUCGGAGUCCUCGGACGACGCUGGGUAG